AUGUCGUCAAUAAUAUCUAAAGCCAGUGGAUUGGUUAGCUCUGUAGUCACCAAGUCAUCAGAAGUUGUCAACUGUGCAGUAUACUGGUCAAAAGUUGGUGCUGAAUUAUCCAAAACCAUUUACCAAAAAGAGGGAUUGGCCCCACCAUCAAUCAAACAAUUUGAGACUGUCUACCAAAAUGCAUUUAAAUGGUUGAAGAACCCAGCUGAGCAACAAAAGGUUAUUGAGCAAGUCAAGUCCUACAAGCCAAAUGUUCAAGAUGCCGUCAAGUAUGGUGUUUAUGGUAUUCAAUUGGCUGGUUUCUUUGCUGUUGGUGAAAUUGUUGGAAGAAGAAGAAUCUUUGGUUACCCCAAAUUAGGUGAAGAACAUCAUUAA